GGCGGGCGAGUCCCAUAGAGUCAGAGUAGGAACUCCCUCAGAAAGAGAGAGAGGAAGCUGUGACAGCGACGCAGACAUUGCAGCGUCCAGCGGGUCAUACAUGUUGGUCAGAACACGCUGUGACAUCACUGUGACAUCAUGAGUGGGCACACAAACAGGUACGCAGAGGACAGGGCUCCUGUAGGAGCCUCAGACCCCUCCAACAUCCAGGACAUGGAGCUGAGGGAGGAGUGGCAGGACGACGGCUUCCCCAGGCCUCUCCCAGAGGAUUGUGGGAGUCCAGAGGAGGCGCAGAGCCCAGCAGGAGUUCCGCCCACCAGCCUCGCCCUAUCAGGUACUGUUGGGGGCGGGGCUAAGAAGCGUCUCACAGCCCCGUCUCUCAGCCUGACUUUAAGCGGCAGAGACUCACACGACCUGAGCAACGACGGCUUCUCGGCCGCCGCUCUGUCAGCGACGCCGGACGACACGCCGUCACUGGACAUCAACCUGGAGGCUCUGGAGACGCCAUCGGACAGCGAGACAGGAACUCUGCCGGACAGCACCCAUGAGCUGGAGUGGGACGAUGACCUCCCCCGGAUGGGGAGGGGUGGAGCUGUGGGCGUGGCCAGCAGCCCGGUGGAGCAGUCAGAGAGUCUGAUGGGACUGGACCAGGUGGACAGCAGGGGGCGCCGCUGGAGGAGGUUCUGCAUCUCUGGGCACGAAUACCACGUCAACAUGAGCGUCCUGGAGCCGUACCUGCAGGUCCUGUCACACGGAGGUUACUAUGGAGACGGGAUGAACGCCAUCAUCCUGUUCACUUCCUGUUACCUGCCGGAGAACACGGUGGAGGACUACGAGUACGUCAUGGACAACCUGUUCAGGUACAUUGUGGGGACGUUGGACCUGAUGGUCUCAGAGAACUACCUGCUGGUCUACCUGUGCGCCAUGGCUCCCAGAAACAAACUGCCAAGCAUCAAAUGGCUCCACCAGUGCUACACCUCCAUUGACAGGAGGCUGAAGAAGGACCUGAAGGGGCUGCUGGUGGUCCAUCCUGCCUGGUACAUCAAGGCUCUCAUCACUGUGGUCAAACCCUUCAUCAGUGAGAAGUUCAGCAGGAAGAUUCGGUUUGUUCAGAGUCUCCAGCAGCUUUCCCAGCUCAUCCCCACAGACAGACUGCAGAUCCCAGACGCCAUACACCAGUUCGAUGAGAAGCUGAACAGAUGACUAUAACUGAGUCUGAGGUCAACAGACUGGAUGGAUCCUAAAGGUCAAAGGCCAGCACGCUGAGGCUCCUGAUGACCUUUGACCUCUCCUGCCUGUACAGAGAACACACACAGACUCUGGGUUUAUUUAUUGGGUCUCUCUUUGAAUCGGGGGGGUAAGUUAAACAUCUGGUUCUCCGUUAGCUUUGGACUUUCAGCUGCGACCGAUCGGUGGCUCUUUACUGUCAGACUCAGGUGAAAGUGAGUGUCAACACACACACACACACAGUGAACACACACACACACACACACAGUGAACACACACACACACACAGUGAACACACACACACACACACACACA